AUGGAGGCCGGAACGAGGAGCCAAAACACGGCCACGGACGAGAGCCCGCGCUCCGCGCCGCCGGUGCUGCCUUGGACGUUGCGGCUUCGGCUUUUCGCGUCCACCGCCGGCCUCGACCUCGCGGAGCGCCGCGACGGCACUGUCAACCGCUUCCUCCUCUCCCUGGCCGACAGGCAGUCGCCGGCCAGUCCGCGCUCCGCGUCCGCUCCGCCGACGUCACCGUCGACGCGCCCCGCGACCUCUGGGCACGUGUCUUCUCCCCGGCAACGGGGGCGGCGGCUACGUCGACGCCGCUCCCCGUCCUCGUCUACGUCCACGGCGGCGGCUUCGCGUUCCUCUCGGGCUCUCGGCCGCGUCCACGUCCGUCGACGGCAUGUGCCGCCGUUUCUGCCGCGGGCUGGGCGCCGUCGUCGUCUCCGUCACCUCACCUACCGCCUCGCGCCCGAGCACCGCUACCCCGCGGCCUACGACGACUGCGCGGACGUGCUCCGCUACCUCGGCGCCACCGGCCUCCCCGCCGACGUCGCGUCCCCGGUCGACCUCUCCCACUGCUUCCUCGCCGGGGACAGCGCCGGCGGCAACAUCGCCCACCACGUCGCGCACCGCUGGACGUCCUCCUCCAACAGCCCCAUCCGCCUCGCCGGCGUCAUCCUGCUGCAGCCGUACUUCGGCGGCGAGGAGCGCACGGAGGCGGAGCUGAGGCUGGAGGGCGUGGCACCGCUCGUGAACAUGCGCCGCUCGGACUGGUCGUGGAGGGCGUUCUUGCCGGAGGGGGCCGAUCGGAACCACCCGGCGGCGCACGUGACGGGGGAGGCGGGCCCGGAGCCCGAGCUGGCGGAGGCGUUCCCGCCGGCGAUGGUGGUGGUCGGUGGGUUUGACCCACUGCAGGACUGGCAGCGGCGGUACGCCGCCAUGCUGCGGCGCAAGGGGAAGGCGGUGCGCCUGGUGGAGUUCCCGGACGCCUUCCACGCCUUCUACGGCUUCCCGGAGCUCCCCGACGCUGGCAGGGUCGUGGAGGAAAUGAAGGCGUUCAUUGAGAGCACCUCUUCCAUUCACGGCGACCCGGCUGCCUGA